CCCUCACAAUGGCUUCCGGUUUCGGUCUCAAUGGCGGUCCUUCCCGCUGCUACAACUUCUGGCAGGAAGUGCUCGGCUGCUACGUCGUCAAUAGUGGCGAGGGCGAGACCGGCAAGAAGAAGUGCAUGCCCGCCCUGGAGGACUACUACGAGUGCCUGCACCACAAGAAAGAAGCUCUCCGGACGAUGAAGAUGCAGGCCGCCUACCGCAAGGCUGAGGCCGCCCACCCUCGUGAGAACGCGCCCAAGGCCGAACAGAUCCGCAGUCUGGGACUGCUAGGGAAAGAAGAAGAGGCGACAGCGUUUUUGGCGAAAGAAUAGAGGAGAUGCACAAUUCGGGAGUGCGGUUACGUGUUGAUUGUUUCAUUACCAAGGCUUUGCUGUUUUCUUUUUCUGUUUAAACCCCCCCCCCUUGGAGUCCGUCAAUGUAUAGAAAUGGACUGCUUCACCGAUCGGAUGAGCUGGGAACUUGAGUCGGAU